AUGACUAUGGAUAAUAGUUGGAAAUUUUCUCAAUGCUUUGGUGAUAAGGGAGACAUUGAGAAUAUCACUGAAGCUGAUAUUAUUUCAACGGUUGAAUUUGAUCAUACUGGAGAUUUCUUAGCUACUGGAGAUAAGGGGGGUAGGGUUGUUUUAUUUGAAAGAAAUCCCAGUAAGAAAAAACAAAAUUGUGAAUAUAAAUUCUUCACUGAAUUUCAAAGUCAUGAUGCCGAAUUUGAUUAUUUAAAAUCGUUAGAAAUUGAAGAAAAAAUUAAUAAAAUUAAAUGGUUGAGAAGUUAUAAUAAUUCAUUAUAUUUAUUAUCAACUAAUGAUAAAACAAUUAAAUUAUGGAAAAUUAUGGAAAGACAAGUUAAAUUAGUUAGUGAAAAUAAUUUAAAUGGAGGAUUACCGAAUAAUUCUAAAAUAUCAAUUGAUGAAUUGAAAUUACCAAAAUUAUCAUUACAUGAUAAAUUAAUCAGUGCUCAACCCAAAAAAAUUUAUAGUAAUGCUCAUGCCUAUCAUAUUAAUUCAAUUUCAAUUAAUUCUGAUCAAGAAACUUAUUUAAGUAGUGAUGAUUUAAGAAUUAAUUUAUGGAAUUUAGGAAUAGCUGAUCAAAGUUUUAAUAUUGUUGAUAUAAAACCAACUAAUAUGGAAGAAUUAACUGAAGUUAUUACCAGUUCUGAAUUUCAUCCAAGUCAUUGUAAUUUAUUCAUGUAUUCAUCAUCAAAAGGUACCAUUAAAUUAUCAGAUAUGAGAUCAAAUUCAUUAUGUGACUCUCAUUCAAAAAUUUUUGAAGAAUAUUUAGAUCCGGCAUCUCAUAAUUUUUUCACUGAAAUUACUUCAUCAAUUAGUGAUGUUAAAUUUAGUCAUGAUGGUAGAUAUAUUGUUUCAAGAGAUUAUAUGACAGUUAAAAUAUGGGAUUUAGCAAUGGAACUGAAGCCAAUUAAAACAAUUAAUGUUCAUGAACAUUUAAGAGAUCGAUUAUGUGAUACUUAUGAAAAUGAUGCAAUUUUUGAUAAAUUUGAAGUUCAAUUUAGUGGUGAUAAUAAAUCAGUCAUGACUGGAUCUUAUAAUAAUAACUUUAUGAUUUAUCCAAAUGCCGUUAAUUCAAAUUUUAAUAAAACUAAUGAUUCCAAUAAAACAAAUAAUAAUAAACAUAAUAAUUUUAAUUCUAAUACAACCACUAAUAAAAAAGAUGAUAAUUCUGUUGAUGAUGAUGAUGACAAUUCUGAUGAUGAUGAUGAUGAUGUUGAUUCUCCUCCAACUGAUGGAGUUUCAUAUCCACAAUCUCCAAAUUCUCAAUUUGAAAAUGAUGAAGAACAAGAAGAAAUUAUAUUACAAGCUGAUAAAUCAGCUUUUAAACUGAAAAAAUCAAAUAAUAGUGGUUCAAUGAGAAGGAGAAUGAUGAGUGGUGUUGGUACUAGUAACCCUGGUGGUGACUUUGAUAACAUUGAUUUUAAAAAAAGUAUAUUGCAUUUAUCAUGGCAUCCAAGAGAAAAUUCAGUUGCAAUUGCUGCAACAAAUAAUCUUUAUAUUUUUUCUACUUUAUAA